AUGAUAAAUUAUAAGGAUUCUAUAGCUACAGUUAGGGCGUUAUCUUCAAUUGCUCUUAAUCCUGUACAGCUCAAGGAUAAUAAAAUUAAUAUCCAUUCCGAAAAAAAUCUAGCACGCAGAAAUACAUCUCACACCUUCAACAGACGCAUCUUUGUGUCUCAGCAGCUUGCACAAAGACCAUAUAUUUCAUCUGACUCAUUAUCUCAAGAACUGAACCCUUUAUCAGCCGGAUCUCCGAAGAUAGAUAUUCCUUUUCACGUAGAAACUUCUGUUUUGCAUCAAGAAUAUAGUUCGGUUUCCCUAUCAACUGACGCUUCAAAAAAUAAGACUAAGGUUUCAGAAGAUGAAUUCAAUUCGCCUCUUGUUCUAGGUUCAAGCACAGUUUAUCGAGAUAUCCAGAGACUGGGUGAUGUUCCCCAAGCCACGAAAUUCUUACCAUCAGAUACCAACGCAUCUCAGUUACGUAGCUCCGAUCUCUCAUAUGGUUUAUGUGAUGCCACUGUUCAAAGUAGAAAACCUCGAGCUCUUGAUCACGAUAACAACAAAAACCAUCUUUCAAUCCUGUCUAUAGCAGAGGAUGUCAAAUUUUUUAACAAGGCCAUCAAAGGGAAGGAUUCGUCUGUUGUAAGCCUUAGUUCUCUAGAACCCUAUGAAACAAUUGUUCCAGUUGAGGAAAAUGUAUCAACAGAAUGCCCAUUUAAUGUUUCUGAAGAUCCAAAACUAUACGGAGGGAAUUGCGAAGCAGUCGGGGAUAAACUGGGACAAAAAGACCUGACUCAUCGAACUGAUUGGACUUGCGAUGAAGAGAUCUUGGACAGUCCAGGUGGUUGUGGGCCUUCACUUCCUCUUCUUGACCCCACAGGUGAUCUGGAACACUUCGUUUUGAAGCCCGCUCCUCAGGUUAGAGUGGUUGUUUCAUUUCCCUAUUUAUCCUUAAUUUUUGUUUGUUUGAUUUAA